UAGUAGUCUAAUGUCAUGUGUGUUGCAGAGCGUCACCGAGGGCGUCUGGCGUCCCUGGCCAUAGCAGUGGUGGUGAUCGCUGUGGGAGUCCCUCUGUGGUGGAGGACCACUGAAACAUACAGAGCAUGGCUACCGGUCACCCAGAUCAACCAGCUAGCUCAGCUGCAGAUCCAGUUGAGUGUGGAAGUGGAGGUGGUGUUCUCUAGAGGAACUCUGAGUACUGAACACCAGAAGAAGAUUGAGCCCACCCACACACGGCAGGAGGAGCACACUGUGGACGAGACCACAGGGUUGAGCUACAGGUAUGAGACUAGAUACAGGACAGCUACCAUCAUGGAGGAAGAUGCCCUGAACCAGCCCACCGCUGCAGAGACUGAUCGGUCUCUUCAUCUGCUCAGUGAGAGCCCCUGUGGCUCCGUGGUCAUCUAUGUGCUCCCAGAAUCCUCCACACUGCUACCAGAGGCUGUGAGUGUUUACGUGGGUCAGAGGCGGACAGCGUUGUUGCGUGCAGGGAGGCCAAUGAGAGUGGGCGUCGGCCUGAAGGAGGUGCUAACUCACCUGGAGGCCCAGGUACAGCAGGUCCUCCAGGUCAUGUCAUUCAGCCACAGUGACAUCACCGCUGCCCUUAGCGACCGCGUCCGCCUCGACUACAGUAGCAGGGAGGGUCUGGCUGACAGCAUGAGAGCCUUCAAGUCCAGUCCAGGUUAUGAAAUAACCUUCAGCUUGUUGAACCCUGACCCUAAAUCUCACCAUCUGCACUGGGACAUAGAGGCAGCGGUCCAGAGCUAUGUCCAACCGCUCCUGUCGAAGCUGGCCCCGGUGGCUGACUUCAGUCUGGACUCACAGAUCCUCUACUACGCCGUCCUGGGGGUCAACCCACGUUACGACCCCUCCCUCAACGCCUACACGCUCAACGCUGACAGCCUAUCUCACGUCAUUAACCCCGUAGAGGCCAGGCUUGGCUCCAGCGCUGCGUCAUCCAACCCUGUCCUGAACUUCCUGCUGUACGUUCCAGAUGCACGCCACUCCCCCCUCUACAUCACCGACCACCGCAAAGACAUUGUCGUCUCCAACGCUUUCAGCUCCCCGCGCUGGGGUGGCAUCAUGGUGUACAAUGUCAAUAAUAGUUCUGGUCCUGGGACAGAGCUUCCUGUUGACAUCAACAUAGACAUGACCAGAGUGAUGGGAGUCUUCCUAGCACAGCUACGGCUGAUGUUGGGUGUCCAGUCGUCAGCCCCUCCCCCUGGCUUCCUGGUUGGCCCGUGUGGCCCCGCGGGAUUGGCUGACUGGGAGUUGGAUCGCCUCUUGUGGAGUCGCAGUGUAGAGAAUAUUGCCACGGCAACGACAACCAUCACCUCAUUGGCCCAGCUGCUGGACCAGAUAGGAAACAUCGUCAUCAACGACAACAUCGCAGAACAGGUGUCGGCAGCGGUCGCCUCUCUCCAGUUGGCUGUGGGUCAGUUGGAGUCAGGGAACCUUGGCCUGGCCAUGCAGUACAGUAAGGAAGCUAUCCUCCAAUCAGAACGAGCCUUCUUCGACCCCUCCCUCCUCCACCUCCUCUACUUCCCUGACGAUCAGAAGUUCGCCAUCUACAUCCCUCUCUUCCUGCCCAUGUGUGUUCCAAUCCUGCUCUCGCUGCUCAAGAUGGCCGCCGAGGCCCGCCAGAGACGAAGGGAGAGACAGGACAAGAAGGACUGAGAUGGAGAGAGAUGGAGAGAUCGACCAAUGAACGCGCACACACUGUCGGUUCACAGGUCAACAAAGUGUUUAAAGGAAACUGUCUGGACUCAUAACCCAGAUAUGAUAUUAAGACCAUUAGAAAUACUGGCUCACAGAAGAUAACCUACAUGGGGCCGUAUUGAUCAACCUUCUCACGAUGAGUGUUGAUUUAGGAUCAGUUUUGCCUUUCGGAACACAUUUUAAUAAGGUUAUGUGGACCUGAUCCUAGAUCAACACUCCUCUGAGCAGGGGUUGGAACCAAAAUUAUUUUCCAAUCGUUCCCGAAGCAGAACCCUGUUCUUUUCGUUCCAUUCCGGUGUUCCAACCAGAUUGUUUUUAUUUUAUUAAAAAACAAGUUACUGUUCAUAUAGUUCCUAUUUGUUCCUUUUUUUAACUCUGAAAUCAAUAUCCUUUUACCAUUUAGGUCAUUCAUUUAUUCCCCCAUUUAGCACCAAUAUGUUUAGGCUAUUACUAGCAUCAAAACUUUACAGAAUUAUAUACUAGACAUUAGGAAUGGUUUUGGAAUAAAAAAAUAACGUUGGUAACCGGUUAUCAAGAUUAGAAAAUAACGGUUCUUUUCCGGGAACACUAGAGAUCACUUUCGUUCCCGGGUUCAGUUAUUCGUUCCUUGGAAAAUGUGGUUCUUUUUUGUUUUCAGUUCUGUUCCCUGAACCGGUUCCAACCCCUGACUGAGACCCUUUACUGCAGUCUGAAACGCCUGGUGGCAGGGGGAGGAUGCCAUCACCAUGGUGAUGUUGAAACGUUUUUACUUGUCUUGUAUUCGCCUGAUGUCUGAUCUGGAAGCAACAGGUCUCUCUUGCACUGUAGCAACAGGGUUUUGAUUUGUUUUAUUUAUUUUGGGAAUGAUGCUUUACUUACGCUCUUGUCGAUUCUUAUAUGAGAGGGACUCGUACGAUUAAUUGGGAAUUAAUUGAUUUGAUAUUUAUUUAGGGAAGGACGUCGUCUAUCAAAGUCUGGUUGGACACAAUCCCAGAUAGAAGAACUGUCUCACUUUCUGAAUUCUAUAUUUUUUGGUUUUGUUUGUUUGUUUUGUACAAGUUUAUGACAAUAAAUAAAAAAAGGGGGUCUGCUCUUAUUUUA